GUUUCAAUAGCAUCUCUUGGAUGGAAUAAUUAAAUCUAGCGCUAUGUUACUACCUGCAGAUCCCGAAAUAUUACACAGAAAAUUCCAUUGCACUUUGAAAUGACCAACAUUUGAAUUUAAUAGAAAAAAAUCUUAAUUUGGGUCAGAUUUUGUUUCACUGUUGCACAUGAAAGGUGGGUGGAAGAAAGGCCGGGUGUUCCAAGGGAGGCUUCAGUGUCCACUGAAACGCCCAAGUUCUUUCCAAAGGGCCAUAGGAAUGCAUGGAAUUUCAGGGCAUCCCACGGACAUUUGGAAGGAGGAACAUCGGAAACUGCUUUUAUACUGAGUCAGACCCUUGGUCCAUCUAUCUCAGUAUUGUCUACACAGACUGGCAGUGGCUUCUCCAAGGUUGCAGGCAGGAAUCUCUCCCAGCCCGAUCUUGGAGAUGCUGCCAGGGAGGGAACUGGGAACCUUCUGCAUGCAAGCAGACAGGGGCUCUUCCCAGAGCGGCCUCAUCUCCUGAGGGGAAUACCUUACAAGGCUCACAAAUGUAGUCUCCCAUUCAAAUGCAAACUAGGGUAGACCCUGCUUAGCAAAGGGUACAAUUCCCACUUGCUAACACAAGACCAUCACCUUAAGUGGUGCAGCGGGGAAAUGCUUGAAUAACAAGCAGAAAGUUGCAGGUUCAAAUCCCCACUAGUACUAUAUCGGGCAGCAGCGAUCUAGGAAGAUACUGAAAGGCAUAAUCUCAUACUGCAUGGGAGGGGACAAUGGUCAACCCCUCCUGUAUUCUACCAAAGAAAACCACAGGGCUCUGUGGGAGCCAGGAGUCGAAGUCGACUUGACGGCACGCUUUACCUUUAACACAAGACCAGCUCUCUUUGCACCCUUUACUUUUGCUGACUGUCAGCAUUGCUUUGCAGAGUUGGACUGAUUUUUGUUUCGUGCAGCAUUCUGUUUGCAAUUGCAGCCCUCCUAUAUCGCUGUUCUCACACACUGGCAUGCAAGUGAGUUCAUCCUUCCCCUCAUGUCUGCCAACUGCGCCUGUUGUUUCUCCUGGGCAUUUUUCACAAAGCAGGCUUUACUGUGGGUUUACGAAAAGACUUUACUGCGAGUGUGAAGUUGGCCCCCCAAAACGAUGCCAAAAGUGGGUUUUUUUUACCCUGGAUAUAAAUCGGGCUACACUCUAACCUGUAACGAAAAACACAAAUCAUGUGUGAAGUGCUCCCUGAGAGCUUGCAGGGACUUUGGGGUAAAUCUGGGCGAUAUGUGAACGCAUCGCACACCUCCAUUCUGGAGAUGCGAGCUAAAAGCCCUGUGUGAAAAACACCCUGGCUCUGCAGAGGACAUCUCUGUCCUUGCACCUAUCCGAAGACAUGCAGGGCCAAACGCUGUGCCAUUGAUGUCACAUCUGGUGGUGUCCUGAGUUGCUGGGCAGUGGGUUUUGUGCUCCUUCCAGUUGCCAGCGACUUGGAAAUAGCCUCACCUCUUCAUUUCUUCAGUUUGGUGACUCAGAACAACACUUGGCUAGGGGUCCUUGAAAGAACAUUUCUUACCAGUGAAGCAAUCCCAGAGGACAUUUAAUACCCCAAUGUUUUGUUUAGCAAUAAGCUGAAGUCAAAUGCAGGGGAAAUCAUGAAGGCUUAAGGUGAACAUUUUAAAAUGCUAGAUAUAGAAAAUCAAGAGUGCAAUCCUGUGCACAAAUGUGGGAGUCAGACUCCUUGGAAAAGCACUGCAACUUGCUUUUGAUGAAAAGAUGGCAAAAUUCUGCCAUCUUUCCAUCAAAAUUCAUCACACUCUGGCAGAAUUCUGAUUCCAACCACAAUGGCAUUGUUUCUUUGCAAAAUCUUGUUAACGAUUCUUUCUCACUGCACGCUGAAGAACUCCAUCCUCAGAAGUGUCAUCAAGCAGUUAGAAACAAAGCCAGUUGUUACAGAUGCGGGAGCAACGUCGGGGUCGAGAUCCCUCAGCAUUUGGGGGAGAUUCGAGUCUUACCCUGCAACAGGACCAGGCAGGUGCCAAGCAAGAAAUGUGCGGUUGGGAUGAGCUCCCCUUCCCCCAGUGGCUUUGUGUGGCAGGACCACUGGCACCCCGUUUUCUGCAGUGUGUCCACUUUCGAGACCUCAGUGCAAAUCAACUCCUGCUUGAAACGGAAACUGGUUUACUUCAUGGGGGACUCAACGGUGCGGCAAUGGCUGUGGAAUCUCACCAAAAGAGUGAGCACCCUAAAAUACUUGGACAUACAUAAAUUUGGGAACUUAAAGAAUGGACUUGCUAUGGAUGUAUCUAGGAGCAUUCUAAUCCAAUUCAAGAAACAUGGCCAUCCCUAUGUCAGCUCCCAUGCCUACACCGUGACAGAUCACAGCUACAUUGCACGGGAAAUCGACAGCGUGGCAGGCGACAAGGACACAGCCGUGGUCAUUUCCCUGGGACAACACUUCCGCCCAUUCCCCCUUGAGCUCUUUGUUCGAAGAUUGAUCAAUGUGCGGGCUGCCAUCCAGCGCCUCCUCCUGAGGAGCCCAGAGACAAGGGUCAUCAUCAAAGCAGAGAACAUCCGCGAGAUGGACGCAGAGCCGGAGCGAUUUGGUGACUUCCAUGGCUACACCCAAUACCUUGCAGCCAAGGAUGUCUUCCGGGGUCUCAACGUUGGCAUGGUCGAUGCCUGGGACAUGACUCUUGCCUCUGCCACAAGCAAUGUUCACCCGCCACAUUAUGUUGUUGGGAACCAAGUCGAGAUGUUUUUAACUUAUAUCUGUUGAAAGGAGGGCAGAUGAAGUCUGCCAGUGUUGGGGAGACAAAGCAGAAGAGCUCCCCUCACAGCCUGUCCAUGCCCUGGGGUUUAAGGCAAGGCCCAGAUCGGAAGGGUUGUGCAACUACUUGCUUGCACCCAAGAGAACUCAAGGAGAAGGCAUCCCUCCCUUCCCAAGCGGCAUUUUGAAACUGGAGGGUAUUUUAAAAGCAGUUUCAAAUAUGGUGUGGGGUACAGGGAGGCCUGCCAUUGUAGGGAAGGAAUCUCAUGGCCCAGAGAGCCAGGUCCGUGGGCAUGCCUGAGAGCCAAUCUCUGGAUCUUUCCCCCUGUGGCCGCACCACAUGCCUAUACCUUGGUGCCUGCAAGCUCCUUUCAAACCUCACCAUGUUCUGCUGGGAAGCUGAGGGGGGAAUCAGAGGCCAAGGGGGUACACGGAAGCCACCUUGCCAUGGACUCUGGAGGAGGCGACCCUGAGCAAGCUAAGAUCUAUCCGCCACAGUUUCCUAUAUCCAAUAAAAGUAUAAUAUAGCUAUGGUCUGUUGUUGUGUUUACACAACUGUAAAGCGCUAUGUCAAUUCAAUCACCUUAGCACCCAGCUACACAAGCACACAAAGAGACAUACACACAAACACACACUCCACCUGGCUACUGCUGUGGGGUGUGUGUGUCAGAUAUCCAGCCCCCACCCCCAAUCAUGCCGGCGUUUGGGGGCACUUCCGCUCCAAGGACUUUGUCCUCCUGAAGCUCAGCUAGCAGGCCCUCUCCUCCGUCAGACGUGUUGAUGCUUGAAGUAUCAGAGCUGAGAGCUGGAUGUGCUUUUAAAAAUCAUAGUAUGAUACAUUCUGAAUAGCUCCAUGUGCCUGUGCUUGUGCGCUCUCUUCCUCGCUCACUCUCUCACUCUCAGCCCAGGAAAAGCGGAGGGAGCGGCACCCUACAUCUUGGAGUAACUUGGCCAAGCGGGGUAAAGGCACAAACCAAAUUGAACCAAAGCAUGACAGCAGAAGAGGAGAAAGAGGCAACUGUCUUCCAGCAAGGCUCAACAUAACCAAAGAGGGUGCCUGGAACCCAACCCAAGGGACCCUGCAAACAGGACUCUGUACCCUUGAUCCAAACAGCUACUGAGGAACGUAACCAACUAGUUGCAUCUAGGCAAACACAAAAUGCAGCCCAGGCAUAUCUUGUGCUUCUGCUAAUGAAGCACAAGAGAGCCAGCGUGGUGUAGUGGUUAGAGUGCUGGAUGAGGACUGGGGAGACCCGAGUUCAAAUCCCCCUUCAGCCAUGAGACUUGCUGGGUGACUCCGAGCCAGUCCCUUCUCUCUCAACCUAACCUACUUCACAGGAUUGUUGUGAAAGAGAAACUCAGGUAUGUAGUACACCGCUCUGGGUUCCUUGGAGGAAGAGCGGGAUAUAGAUGUAAUAAUAAUAAUAAUAAUAAUAAUAAUAAUAAUAAUAAUAAAGCAGGCUGAAAGAUCAGCUGGGGAAUUUUCUGCUUUCA